AUGAGGUACGAUGAGGCUAAGGGAAAAGCUGAGAACGCGCGAGCACUGGCCGUAAGGGCCACUCUAAUCUACGGUGCUACAGUACGGUACGUCCUCCUUACAUUCUCCCCCUCUGGGCCUGCCAUGCAGCCCACUAUGUACAGUAAGGCCUGUCUACAAUAG